CUAAAAAUGUCUACAAAACCAUUGUCAAUUUUGCAGCCAGGUACUGGAUUAUUCAAUACCCAUGUGACUUUAGAAGAUGUGAAUAAAGCUAUCAAAGAGCAAAUGAGCACUGAAAGUGAGCUCACGGCGGAGAGCAAAAUGGAGGUUAUUGGGGAGGGUAAUGGCUUCUCCUCUUGCGUGAUCCUAAUCACCUGUCACUGGACCAUUCCCUCGUCCCAUCUUCCCAAGAAGCUAAUUCUGAAAAUCGUUUCAUUCGUUCAUGUGCAGGGCCUUCUGAAUAAGUCCAAUGAAGAAGGGAAUUCAGUAAUGUCGCCGGAAGAAGAAGCCCAUGUGCAUGCACAUUUCGAGAAGUCCUGUCAAAAAGGGCAUAACUUGGAAGUAGAGUUCUGCGAAGCUUUCGGACAUUUGGAGGGGCUUCUCCUUCCCAAAGUAUUCUUCUCGCAGAAAUUCGAGGAGGACAACCCGAAUAAGGGAUUUGUUGGAAUGGAGUUCGUUGAAGGUUCAGUCGUCCGGCACUGUUAUGAAAAUGUUACUGUAGAUGAGCUCCAGCCAAUUUUGAAGGCUCUUGCAAGGCUCCAGGCGUUGAGUUUGAGCACCGAAAGCUGCAGAAAUUUAGAUAAUGGAGAAGCCUUUGAAGAGAGUUUAAUGGAUAUGUUGUCCGAAGAUGGCCUGAAAGGGAUUUUCGAUCAAAGCCGGAAUAUUGACCAGAAAUUGAGUGAAAAAGUUGAACGGAUUGAGCAGAACCACAAGGAGAUUCUGAAUUUGGAGACUGUUCUCAAUUUGAAUAAAGUUGUAGGAAUCGACCAAAAAGUUAUCUGCCAUGGAGAUUUAUGGGCUGCCAAUAUUUUGUGGACCCAGACGGAUGGAGGUUUUAUUGCCGACAAAGUUUUGGAUUAUCAGGAAUCUCACAUGGGAAAUCCAGCUGAAGAUUUGGUGCGUCUCCUCGUCUCAACUAUUUCCGGAGCCGACCGUCAAUCUCACUGGGAGCACAUUUUGGAGCAAUUUUACACUUAUUUCACGGACGAGAUAGGCUCCAACAAUGCUCCAUACACUCUUGAACAGCUCAAGACCUCUUUCAAACUGUAUUUCCCAGUUGGAGCAUUGACACUGAUCUCCUUGUUCGGGCCGGCUGUUGACAUGAAAUUGCAGGGAAUGGAGUCUGGAAAAGCUGAAAAUUACAGACGGAUUGUCAUCGAAAAAGUGGAUUGUCUGUUGGAUGAUGUGCUCAAUUUUCAUGAUUUCAACAAGAAGUUCACUGGAAAAAAUUAAAAAUUUUUGCUUGAUAUAGUCAUUUACUAUAUAUAAAGCGCUUAUUCCGUU